CGCACAGCACCGCCGGCCAGCUGCUGGGCUUCCACCAGCGCGAGACGCUGCUGGCCUGGUCCAAGCUGGCGGCGCAGAGCAGCGCGGCGCGCCUGCUCGGCUCGCCCGGGCCCCCGCACGCCGCCAAGCUGGACGACUCUGGCAUCCAGACGUCGCCGAAGGGGGCGCCGGGCGGCGCGCUGCCGCCGGCCGGCGGCCUAAUGACGCCGUACGCGCGACACCCGGAGCUACCCGGCGGCCCGGGCGGCUCGCCCCCGGGCGACUCGCCGCCCGGCAACGGCACCGGCCGGCCGGCCGACAAGAAGGCCAACGGUAAGGACGGCGGCCGGGAGAAGGUGUUCGUCUGCCAGGUGUGCAACCGCAGCUUCGGCUACAAGCACGUGCUGCAGAACCACGAGCGCACGCACACGGGCGAGAAGCCGUUCGAGUGCAAGGAGUGCCACAAGCGCUUCACGCGCGACCACCACCUCAAGACGCACAUGCGCCUGCAUACGGGCGAGAAGCCCUACCACUGUGCGCACUGCGACCGCCAGUUUGUGCAGGUGGCCAACCUGCGCCGCCACCUGCGCGUGCACACGGGCGAGCGGCCGUACGCCUGCGAGCUGUGCGAGUCGAAGUUCUCGGACAGCAACCAGCUGAAGGCGCACAUGCUGAUCCACAAGGGCGAGAAGCCGUUCAAGUGCGGCAGUUGCUUCGGCACGUUCCGGCGCCGGCACCACCUGAUGCACCACAAGUGCUCGAAGGAGCCGCUGCUGCCGUUGGGGCUGACCGGCCUGCUGGCGCCCGAGAGCUCGCCGCUCGACGACGAGCUCGACGUGGAGGCCGACUCGGAGACGCGCUCAGAGGCGAGUAGCGGCGAGCGGCUGCGCAGCGGCGGCAGCGGCGACGACCGGCCCGACGAGCCGCGCCGCCGCGGCCGCAAGCAGAAGGAGACGCGCCGCCUGGUGCGGCCGGCACCGCUCAGCAGCACGGUCACCUCGCCGCCGCCGCUGACCGCCGGGCCCGAGCAGACCGAGCCGGAGGACCUGAGCGUGCACCGACGCAGCAGCGGCGGCGACGACGGCGACGACGGCGGCGCCGGCUCGCUGGCCGCCUCGGCCGACAGCAGUGGCGACGCGCUGUCCGAGCCCGCCGCACUCGAUUCCAGCCUCACGUGAGCCCGCCGCGACCGAGGCGAGCCGAGCCUGGACGAGCCGAGCCUGGACGAGCCGAGCGAGCAGAGCCGAGCAGGGCCGGGCUCGCCAGUAACGGGUAUUUUGUUGACAGAUGAGCCAUGUUCCUAGCCUCUACCUCAGGGUGCGCUGGGCCGCUGUCGGACUAGCCGCAGCCGGCCUGCGGGCCGAGAGAACCCACCGCCGCCGGCACCCGUCGGCGGCGCCACCCGACCGUCUAUCGAUCGGAAAACAGGGGAGCCGGCAGCCGCGGCCGGCGCCGUCCGCUCCAGGUCGGCCGCCACCAUCACUCAUCGGACGCGCGCCUAUCGGACGUCUCGCUCCCGCGCGCGCACUCGCUCGCUCUGCCCCUCUCUCCCUCUCUCUCUCGUUCUCUCUCCCGCCAUGUCCGGUCCGGCGCCAGCAUUGCCAUUUAAUCGAUCGGCCAUUAUAUGCAGCGCCGCGGCGUCGGCGGCGGCGGCGGCUCCGCCGGGACUCGGUCCGGCCGCCCGGAUCGGGCGCUUUUUCUGCGGUCGAGCUGCGAACGCGCUCCCUCCGGGGCCCGCCGCCACCGACCCGUCAAUAAAUGAUCGCCGCCCGACGACUUGGGCAGCCGCUGUCAGACGCGGCGGUCCGGCGAGCGACGCGCGCUCCGGCGGU